AGUUUGAGAAGUAGGAAUUCUCUCUGUAGUUCUGCUUCUCAAGAAUGCAGGCAGAGUGGAUCGUACGGGCUAAUGGAAUGACGCCCCCAGCCCAGAUCUGGAUUUUCAACUGAGGAAGAAUCCGAAAUCGGUGAAAGGAGGCCUAAAUGCUAAUGCCAUAAUGAACUGAACAGAAUCUCUUCAUCGAUUGGUAAAGAGGCUGUGUUCCCAAAGCAGGUAGGCUCUCUGGGUUACUGGCAUGUGAACCAGUUCCUCUGUGUGGGACCAAAAAGAUAGACCUUGAGAAGAAACUUCGAUAAAACAUUUCUAGGAUAGUCCGGCUCAGCCACAGCUUUCUCACCUUCAGUUUGGUCUCCUGAGGCUGUCCGAAGCAUCAAAAGGGUUGUCUUCUGCGGCCAAAGAAGACAGUGUCGAUCUGGAAGGCUGCUGAAGACUGAGAAUCGGAUCAUCCAUCAGUGUUUUGAGGACAUCCAGAGUCGCCAUACGAGGAGCCAUAGAUCAACGAGCCAGCUGCUGAUGAGAACAGGCAUCUGACACCCCCGCCUUGUCCACGGCCUCCUCGACCUGCGCUGUCCCUAAAUUGUUUCAGGUAAACACACUACCUGAUCCAGAAAGGAAAGCACAGAAAAUUUGGAGGGGGAAGAAACAUGGAAAAGGACAUUUUAACUCACGUGGAGGCUCCGGUGACCCAGGCAAGCGACACAGACCCAGGCACACUGGCAGCACAGGCAACAGCCCAGCCUGAGGUCCAGAUUCCACUUGAAGGGGCUCUACUGGCCGCAAGUAGUGGGGAAAAUGUGGGGCAGCAAAGCCCGGGGCCAGGAGAGAACGAGGAGAUGGAAAAUAGGUCUGUUCUUAUUUUGAGUCUGAGCACAGGGGCCGAUGGCCAAUGCCCAGAUUUGGGUCCUGUUGAUGCUGCACUGCAGGGGUCUAACACCUGGGGAAAUGCAGGGAGGAAAGGCAGCCGGAAAAGGAGGAACAGAAAGCAAACUAAGAUUGUGUAUCUUCCCUGGCCUCUGACGCUACAGACUCGGGCAUCUUCUGCAGCCCCAGUUCUGGGCCAGUCUCGUGUCCUCGGAGCUCUGGGGUCUGCUGAUACUGGAGACAGCGAGGCGGGAGAAAACAGGGGGCAAGGGGAGGAUGAAGAGAGUGAGAACACGUCUAUUCUCACUGAGCCUCAGGAGGCACCUGCUGACGCCCUGUGGCCAGCAACAAGUGCAGUCCAGCCCUCUCUUGAGGAGGCAUCCCUGGCAGCUGAUGAGGGGAUAAACACAAGGCAGAAAAAGAGCCGGAAAGGGAGAAAUAAAAAGAACAAAAUGAUCAUGGCUAGUCCUUGGCCUCUGACAGUAUAUGCUUGGGCAUCGUACACAGACCCAGCUCAGGCUCAGAUGGCUUCGGCAGGGGACAAAUCACUUGCCAAAGAUGGAGUCGAUGGGAGGCAUCAAAGCCAGGGUCCAGAGGGCGAGGCCCCAGACUCAGCUGAGGAUCUGGAGCUGGUCUCAUGGGAGGAGGGAGAAUCCCUCUCUGCUGACAGCAUGGGAGAUGGAGGGACAAGCAGACAUACAAAGAGCAAUAGAAAGGAGAAGAGUGUCUUGGCUUGUCCUUGGCCUCUGACAGUACAAGCCUGGGCAUCAUUCGGAGCAGCAGAUGAGGUUCAGACUCAUCUCCAGGGCAAGUCUUCUGCUGCAAGUAUGGAGGAGGACGUGGGGCAGAAAAACAAGCCUCAACUGGAGAAUAGUGAGGAGGAGACAAAGUCCACUCCUCCUUGGCCCGCGAGGCUCCAGGCUGGCGCCUCCUUCUCAGCAACAGCUCCGGGACAGGUUUCAUUUGAGGGGGCUCCUUCGCAAGACCUCCAGUCCCAGGCGAGCCAAACUGGGAGGAGGUCCCAGGAGAGAGAGGAGGAACAAGUUCAGAGCAAGGCAGAGCAAACUCUGGAAGCUGGUCAGGGUUGGAGAAGCACCAAGAGACACCCAGGGGAUCAGGACUUCUGGGAAUGCACAGUGAUGAAUUUUGCUAAGAAAGUCGACUGUUGCUAUUGUGGGGAGCUCUGCUCACAAGAGCAGAUGGAGGCUUUGACCUUGACCAAAGCCCACACCCACAUCAGUACUUCAGUGAUGGGAAUGCAAGGACCAGAGAAGGAGAGGGCUGAAUCUCAGGCAGUCUGGAUGGGCAAAUGGGAAGGUUUUUGAGAUGCAGAGGAGAAAAGAAAGGGACGUAAGGGACCUAAAGAGCACUUUGGGUCCUGGAAGGACCACCAUGUGUAUCUGUUGGGAGAGAGCUGUUUAAAAUGUUACAUCAAGGCUCACAACCCAACUGGUUAAUUUAUUCCAUGACAUGGUAACAUUGCAAUUACUCUCUGGAUGGGCAAUUUCUCUCUGAAAUAAGUUUUAGGUUGCUGGAGAACAGGCAUAACUUCAGAGAAGCAAAAAUGCUUUUUUCUCUAUCUUCUUUCCCAUAACAUUCUCAACAUUGUUGGGAACAGUGUGUUACCUAUGGCUGAUAAACGCUAUUAGAGUCUAGAGGGUAAACCAAUGACAGAAUGUGUGUUGGAUCCCGAGAAUACUUCUCUUGACUAGAAAGUAGUAUUGUAGGUUGCAUAUUAGAUUGUAAACUGACUUGAUGAUUGCAUUUAGUUCUAAGACCGGCCAAUUUACUGUUGCUAAGACUACAAGCUAAGAGUGCAGAUCCCAGUGCCUGGGACCAAAGCCCAGCUUUGCCACUUGCUAUCCAUGUUCCUCUGAGCAAGUCAUUCUUCUCUCCUGGGUCCCCGUCUAUCCCAUGGGGGUAAUAAUAGCACCUGCUUUAUAGAUUGUAUGAUUAAAUGAGUUAAAACAUGUGAAGCACUUAGACUAGUACAUGGCAUAUAAUAAGCCCUCAGACACUAAUCACCUGUGAUUGCUUUUAACUUUCAGUACUAAAUGUCAUGCAAGGGUUUGGCACUGUGGUAUUAUGCAUCUUGAAAGUUACACAAAUGGCAGUGCAUGUGGGAGGCAGGCGACGAUGCCUCCAUUUGCAAUUAUGGUAGCAAAGCCUUAAAGCCAAGGGGCAAAAUGCUGCUUACGGGGGGAGAAGCAGACAAUAAAAUGGUAGCUAUCAUUCUGAGGUGUAGGAUCUCAGCCACGGCAGGACAAUGUGCAGCAAUAAAGGCCGGGAGAGAAUAUGCUCCUGCGUUAAUAGUCGUCACCGCGGGUCGGUGGGAUCAUGCACGGGCCACGUUUUCCCGCUUCCUGAUUCUUUUGUGUAACCUCCAACGGCCUACCUCACCAUGUCAUCAGCAAAUAAUCAAAACUCAUGCAGGAGGGCAACAAGGCCAAGGAGCUUUCUCCUGGUGGAGAAAGUCGGAGGAGUCAGCCAACGUGGGAGGUGCUCAGGGGACUCCCCAGCCCGCAGCUGCUGGAAGAGAGACCCAGGCACAACACAGACAGCUCCGCCCAUCGCCCACCUGGAAGGAGGCAGGGAUUCCAUUUUUCUCCAGCUACCUGUGGGAAUGAAGGAGGGCGCUCACUCUUCUGCUCUAACCAACACUUGCCUGAUUUGGCAGCGACGGUGCUGCUCUUACUCUAGGUUGCUACCACCUGCCGCGUGUCUUGCCGCCUUACCUGGCAGCUUGGCUGGACAAUGCAGCUGGGCAUAUAGGCUGAGAGUAAAGCGUAGGCUUUUGCAUUGGCCUUUCGGAUAGCCUGGCUUUGGGGUCGAUUUAGUUAAAAUGAUGCCCUGGUGCAUUCCCUGGCAACACUGAAGGGGUAGAUAUUCAUGGAGGGUUCAGAGGGGGCCUAAGUGCCCCUUUUCUGUGUCCUGGAUGCUCUAGCAGGCUCUUCGGGAACGUUUGGAGAAGUGUCUUUUUGAAGGUGCACAAGGGAAUUUUCUGAUGCCCGCUCAUCUUCCUGCUGCGAGGGGCCAGCUACACUCUGAUCUCACUUGAAGGGGACAGUUGUACCCUCUAGUUGGCUACAUGCCUCUCUAUUAAAUCCAGGGCCUUAACCAGAAGAGUGAGUGUGUAUAUGCAGGAGUUGGGGCCUCAUAGCCUCACUACCCUUCAACGCCACCUCAGAAAGGGCUCUCUGCUAUGAAUCAAGGUUAGAAUAUGGGGAAUGAAAGAACUCCAGUGAAGUGGGGCGGUGGGAGAACAGGAACAAAGGAAUGAAUCCCUGAUUUCUUUUUUCCAGGUGAGUCCUCUCCUCUAUUUCUCCCACAUUAGUUGGAAAUUUGGGGCAGGAGAGCUACACAGGGCAAGGGGAUGAGCAGGGGAAAGAGAAUAAGGAGAAGCUGGUUGCCCAGUUCUUGGGUUGGUCCAAGUUUAAAGCCGAAAGAGAGGGUCAGGGGGGUCUGAGUUCCCUUCAUUGUCCAGCUCAGCUCACUAGGGUAAGAGUCGAAAUGUAUUUGAGGCAGAAGGGCCUAUAACUGUAAAUAAA